GUUAGGUCCCGAUACCAUCGUUUGGACGCCUAUCAACCUCACCUCCAACUACAAGAUAGCGCAACCCUGAAACUUCCAGGCAUCGCAUCAGCAAUCACAUCGCCAUUAUCUCCCAGUUCAAUUCCUCGAUGACACGCCCUCGGCAGAGUUACUUUUAGAUUGCUUUCCAUCAGCAGCCAAGAUGCCCGAGGGUGUCACAGCCGAGGAGAAGGCGAUCAUUCGCCGUGUCGUUCCAAAGGCACAGAACAAGAUUCUAGCUGCUGCUAUGGUCAGACUGUAUAUUGCAUACCCAAACACCUCAAAAUGGACAUACACUGGAUUACAGGGUGCGGUGGUUUUAGCAAAUGACCUCAUCGGGAACACCUUUUGGUUGAAGUUGGUAGAUGUUUCGCCUUCAGUGCGAGGGGUCAUAUGGGAUCAGGAGAUAUAUGAGAAUUGGUCUUACAACCAGGACCGUGUUUUCUUUCACAGCUUUGAAAUUGAGGGUUGCUUGGCCGGUUUAUCAUUUUCUGAAGAAAAGGAGGCCGUUAAGUUCCUAAAGCAAAUGGUAGACCGCGAGAAGCAUGCAAGCAAAGCAACCAAGUUAAACCCUUUUGGAGGCAGUGGGCCAGCACCACAAAAGCACGGAAUACUGGGAGGUAUAUUUGGUGGCCAUAGGCAUGUGUCGGCCCCGUCUGCCCCCAUGCCCAGCCAGCCAACUCCCCCUGAAUCUCCCCGAACAUUUAUCCCACCUUCGCUCUCGCAACACAAUCCGUCGUAUUCCUCUGUCAGUAUCAAUCCACCGAAGGUAUCCGAGUAUGCUAAAUUAGAUGCUCUCGAUCCCAACUGGAGAGAAACUUGGGGAGGUGAUUUACGAGAUAUGGGAAUCACCGACGACCAGAUUCGAGACAACCAAGACUUCAUUGCUGAGUACAUUCAAGAGCAGCAAGCUGCAUCUGCUGCAGCCCCUGAGCCUGCUUACCAGGAGCCUCCGCGGGCAAAAACGGCCCUUCCUCCACCACCGCCUCCUCCACAGGCGGCUGCUCCGCGGAUUCAUGAGCUUCCCCAAUCACCACCGCCACCUCCGGCUCAACGAGGUGCGCCUCCAGCACCACCUCCUAGCCGGAGAGCAAAGGCAGAGCCUAUCCCAAAAGAGCCUACCCCUCCGCCGCGCGAGCCAUCACCUCCCAAAGGACCGCCGCCGCCAAAAUAUGCUGCUCCUCCUCCUUUUGCGGAUGCUGGCAAGCUGCUCAAUUCAAACCCAAGACCAACUCCCGGUCGACCACAUGCCACAUCGAUUUCCAAUCAGUCCGCGCCACCUCCACCCCCGCGGCCUCCGAAGACGCCGAACGACGACUUCGAACCUGGAGAAUCUGGAUCGAGAUUCGGAGUACCACCACCGUUCAUGGGCCAACGUACACCUCAGCCACCACCUACGCCAAUGCGUUCUGCCGUGCCUCCACCUCCCCCAGCUCGAAGCACUCCAAAUGCAGCAUUGCCGCCUCCAUUACCCCCCAAGACACCCAACAAUGGACCAGGCUCGCCGCCCCCUCUCCCGCCAUCCUCCUCUCGGCCAAUACCACCACCACCAUCGAGAGACAAUGGUCCUCCACCACCCCCUCCACUACCUGUCUCCAACACACCGCCACCACAACCAGCUCGCCCAUCGAACGCAGCUCCGCAACAACCAGCUCGCGCGGUGGCGCCCGCUCUACCACCCCCAACUGGAGGAGCUCCAGCUCCCCCCCCUCCACCACCGCCGCCGCCGCCUCCGCCGCCACCUGGUGGUGCAGGACCCCCUCCUCCACCUCCCAUGCCCAGCCGCGAUUCAGGCGCACCAGGGCCUCCUCCCCCACCUCCAAUGCCCAACCGCGACUCAGGCUACGUCUCCGGAGUACCUAAUAUGCCAGCGCCUACUGGUGACCGUAGUGACCUCCUGUCUGGCAUUAAGCAGGCUGGCGGUAUCGGAGCGCUCAAGAAGGUGGACCGCAGCAAAGUGCGCGAUCGCAGUGCGGCUGCUGUACCUGGCUCUGCUGACACUGGCCCGGCUGGAAGUGGGUUACCUCCGGCUACUACUGGUGGUGGUGGUGGUGGCCUGGCCGAUGCGUUGGCAGAGGCACUCAACAAAAGGAAGCAGAAAGUUAGCGCUAGUGACGACGAAGCUGAAGAAGAUGAUUGGUAAGAUCCCUGGUGGAAGAUGUCCGUUAGUGGGGGGUUGUAUCAGAAAUUGUCACAAUGUAACGGGCUUUUGUUUGUUGGCGUCUUGGGUGUCAGUCUCCCUCCCGACUCAGGUAGAGCGUAACAACAUGCGCUGGCUGAGAUUCGCAUAGAGACACAUUAAUUAAAAGCACAAUUCAAAAACUUCAGGUUUG